GUUUUCUCGCAUAGAAUCAAAAUCAGAAAAAUCGCACGAUGGUUCCACUUUUAUUUGUAAUUGCCCUUUCCCUUGUGGGCCCAUGCUUUUGCGCUCCCUUGAAAAGCAAGAGUCCUGUGUUUAAAUUGACCAAUUCGGAUUUUGAUCAUUUUCUCAAGGACAAAGAUGUGAUGUUGGUGGAUUUUUACGCUCCUUGGUGAGUUAAUUAUGUUCCCUGUCAACUUGUUCCCUGUGUGGUCCGUUUGAUUUGACAGAAAAAUAUAAAACAAAAAAGUAGAUCACAGUACAGAGUAGUACUAUUUUAGUUCACGGAUACAGAACUUGUACGCCCUGGCUUUUGUUAUUAUGUCAGUGGCUUGGAUAGGUUUAGAGUGAAAGUUAUAAUAACAAGCCAAAGACAUUACUGAAGCCAUGUACAGGUCGUUGAUCUUACAGGUAAGUCAGUAAAGACAAAAUCAAGGAAGUCUUUUUUCCUUCUCUUAUUAUCUGUUUUUCCUUGGUUAUAAGCUAAUACGAAAAGGAACAAAGACUUCAUAACCAUUGUAGCAGUCUUUGUAGUGUUGUCUGGGCACUUUAUAUUAAGUGUAUUUUAUUGCAUUCCCAAUUUUCGGUCACUGUCUUGCCCUCAGCUUGCUACAUGGUAAUGGCAUUGAACCGUGAGUGGUCUGAUCAACCCUGUAAGACAUUGUUGUUCCCAUUGUUAUCGACACAAACUGCCCGGCUGAAAAUUUCAUGCAUAAACCGCAUCGACCACAUAAGACUUACUAAGAGAAGAAUCUCCUUAGCGUCCUUCUUCAAGUUACAUCAGAGUCAGCAUCCCCCUCCCCCUCCCCCUCCCCCAACAUGGAAAAUGUUUCUUGAAACACGGGAAGAGAGGAACUCAUUACAAAGUGAAGAGCCAAAUCUGGUAAAAAGACCAAAAAGCUUAGAGUACAAAUUGCAGGCUUCGCCUAAAAUUACAGCCCAGAUUUUCUGAGGCAUUUCAAACAAAAUGGCUCAGCGAACGAUCGAUUCCAUUUUGCGUUCUCUUCACGCAAACAGGUGCCUCAGUAUUCAUUGCAGAAUGAAGAACGUAAAGGGAACCUCAACUCGGUCAGAAUUCCAAUUUUUUAUUGAAAGGAUACAUGUAUUAGACUUAAGUGUGCAAAGACCUAGACGCCCAUGUUUUGCUCAGAAAUUGUCCACGCGACGCCAUUUUGAACGAAUGAUGUCAUUCGUUUGCUCCCAUGUAAAUAGUCGGCAACAACCAAACGCCGAUAUCGUGAUUCAAAACGGUGGUAAAAAGGAUCGAUAAGUAGGCCACAUUCAGAUGCAUUUCUUGACGCUUUCUAAUUUUCUUACCAUAUUCUUAAAAAUAACGGAAUCUGAUUAACAGCGAGGGUUCCCCUUGCCAAUUAUGAAUAAUAAUUAGUAAAAGAAAGUCAGUUAGCAAUGAAUACCAAAUGAACUCCUUUUACUUCUCUCUUUUUAGGUGUAGCGACUGUGCUAAACUAAAACCUAAUUUUGACGCUGCUGCAGAAGACUUUGCACGUAAAGGAAAAUACGUCUUUGCAAAGGUUGGUGUUAGAAGUAUAAUUUAUAAUUCCCAAGUUCAGAAAAGAAACUAAACACAUUCGCUUUUCUUUGUUAACAUACGGGCCUGCAACCAAUCAGGAUCAAAAUAUAGAACAGCUAUGGAUAGGAAUAGAGGAUUUUUUAAGCUCUGCUUGGCAAGAGUUGCAUGUUUUCUAGCCCGUCCCCUCUUGACUAGAGUGUAUUCUGCCCGCAAACUCGCUCAACCGACCCUUACAAGAAAACUUUCUGAGUUGGUUGUAGACUCGUCAUUUUCAUCCAACACUUUGUAUUAAGAGCAGUUUAAAAGUUGAGAUCUUUCGUCCUACGAGACGAUUCUCCACAGCUUGCUAUACGCAGACUUAGCUAGCCUGCCAUCACAUGGUUGAAAAUAUACAACGUAGAAAGUGAAUUAAUACCGGUAAAUGUUUCAAAGACAUGGUGGGUAAAGACAAGUUUGAUUGUGUCUUCGACCUGCGGAUUGGGUAGGACAGAUGUAAUGAUAUGAUUAACCAUGAAUACCCUCUCUAACUUUAACAGAUUGACUGCUUUGGUGAGGGAAGAAGUAUCUGCGAAAACAGGUUUAAUGUGCACAGUUGGCCGCAACUAAAAGUUUUCCGAAGAGGACAAUAUGCUGGUGAAUACAGCGGUUACCAGGAUAGAGGUAACAUAGCCCACACUAAACCACCAAGGCCCUAUGAUAAUUUCAGUGGCGGGUCCAGGGGAGGGGACCAGGCCCUUAUUUUUCGACCAAACUGGGGCCCAAAGACCGGAACCGGUACCGGGACCGGGAUCCCCCUUAUCUCAGGUUCUGGAUGACCGCUCCCCAUCCCCCUUAUCUGCAGGUCUGGAUCCGCCACUAAAUUUUGGCCGUUUUCACACUGUAUGGACAGGUCAUCUAACGUAAAAAGAAUACGCCGGGAAGAACAAUGUCUUGCUGGUUGUUUAGGUCGUCUGAUUUUGUCCGUCAAUUUAUCAAUCUAUAAAUAUGAUUUUCAUAGUUCGAUUUGUCCAUCUAGACAAUUCCCGUUUCUGGCCUGCACACUAAACGAACAAGUUGUGGAACAUUUGCCCGACCGGCCGAUUUGUCCGUCAACUAGAGUGAAAACGGCAAUGGCCCGGCCUUAUACAUCAUUACGUCAGACGAGCUAAUUUUACCGCGAAGUCUCGUUUGUAAGCAAAAUUCAUCGCAUUUGCACUCUUUGCGGCGUAGAAAUUAGGGAGUUUAAGCAACGACGAAGGCGACGGAAACGAGAACGUCAUCACGCUUUUUUGCAGAUUUCUUUGCCGUUUCUGCGCAACUACAACAUGAAAGUGCCUAAUUUCACGUUUUGUGGAAGACGGGAAAACUAGACAACAGCUAUCUUUUUUUCCUGAACUUUGAUAUAGUCCUUUAGAAUUCAACUCCAGUAAAAAUUGCCAACAUUUGACGAAUUGAUCGAGAUCAGUGGAAUAAGCCCGAAAACGUUUGAAGCAGCGCAAAUUCUUUUUUCAAGUGACGUGUUCGUAGCCGCCGCCAUUGUCAUUUCUUACGCUCCCUAUUCUUGUUAACUCUACUGCCUUGGGAAUUUAUUUUUGUAAAACUUCGCAACUCUACCAUUUCAAAACGAAGCUUGGUGAUGAAAUUUGCUCGUCUGACGUAAACAAGUGUGAGGGUCCUCCAACAAUUGAGAAAUUAAGAAAUGUAGGUUCGUUCGUAGGAUAUUCUAUUGUCAAUACUGUAGUUAGGGGAAGCCAGGGUGUUUAUUAGAGAGGGCAGCUGGCUGGACUAUGUUUCUUGGUUGUCUAGUAGUUGAUAGGAGAGCAUUGAGGAAAGCCUGAGGAUCAUCGUCGCCCCAGGGUCUUCUCGCUCUCCAACAGGGCGGCGGAAGGCGCCGUCACAGUGAUAUGGGCAUCCCCUUUCCCAAAACCCUAGUGUUAUGGGUAUCCCCUGUAAUAUCACUAGCGUUUUGGGAAUGGGGAUGCCCAAAACGCGGGGAUGCCCAUAUCACUGUAACAGCGCCAUCUUCGAAAAGGAGAAGACCCUGGGAACGAUGUUAAACUGGGAUCAACCAUGCACUAUCAUGAUUAAACCAUUGGCUCUGCGCAAGUAAAGAGCAUUAACGCAAUUAAAAAAAACACGUUUUCUUCUUCCAGAUUCUCUCGAAAGAUUCAUGGAUAGUAUUUUAAAACAAAAAGUUCCUGAUAAUAUCGGACAAGAUCAAGCUGCCGCAGAGCAGCAGCCUGGCUACAUGCAGAAUGAAAACGGUCCUUGGUUCCAAAACGGAUGGCAAUUUAACAGAGUCGGCAUGCAGCCAUACGGCCAGACCCCACCAGGCUGGAAAAGAGGAUAAAAUCGAGCAAGGCCAAUAUCUUUAUUUGCAGCUCUAUUAAAUUCAAGACAGAAGCGCAAGCACAGUUGACUUCUUUUCACACCAUUAGCCUUCAAGCAAGCAAUGUAUUUGGGAAUUGCGAGCGACCGCGCGCCUAACGUUACGCUCAAGCAAGACGCGUCCCUGCUAGUGGUGUAGUUCACACGUAACUAUCCUAUAGCGUCUUAGCUUGCUUGCAGGCUAACAUAAACAUGUCAAUGUCAAGUCAACGAUAUUUUGCAGUCAGCUAAUGCGCUUUAACGGCAUUUUGAUAUUUAUUUUAAUAAU